AUGGCUUAUUACAGAUUUCUUGAUGUUUUUUCAUGGAUUCAAAACAGUCCACCAAUCUCAGAAUGGAAAAUAAGUUCCAUGUUUAUGAGCUUAUGUUCCACAAACUCAUCUCAACCCUCACUUAAACUUAUCAUAGCAAAAAAUCACCACCAAUCCUCAAGACUCUCUUUAGCCAUUGUGGCAGAUUUCAGCAUCCCUAUAUCUCUUUGGGCCUCUAAACCUUUCAAACCUAACACCAAAACCAUGAGGUUAGCAGAUGGUGAAACCAUGUCCAAUCUCCUUGUUAAUUUCAUACAAGAUAUCCUUCGUUAUGGUUCCAACAGGAACAAUGUUUCCUACAUCAAGUUCCCCAAACUUGAUUCUGUUUCUAACUUCCAAGACAUUUUCAACCUUGCUUUCCUUACUCUCUUGUUCCUAGUUUGCAUAUAUGAAGCCCCUUCUGAUAUUCGUUCUAGUUGUCUCGUCACUUUGAAAGCACAGUUGGCAGGGUGCCAGUCAAGGCAAGCAUCGAAGUCGCUAAUGAAACUUUUGGGUUCCAACUUAGAAGAGCAGUGGAUGCGUUCCGUGAACCUUGCAAUCACAAAUUGGACUGUGGAGCUCCAAGAUGCACAUCACAAUGAUUACAACACCUUCAGAACACCAUCACCUCUAUUUUCUUAUGCAUUCUCAACAGGUGGGUUAUGGAAAGUUCAAUUAUACUGCCCCGUCAUAAACAUGGAUGUUGUGAAUGCAAACAACCAUCCACCUGAUGAGAGACUUCAAUUCUCUCUCAAAUAUCAACAACUUGAAGGUGUUCUUCAAUUCAACUACAAAGUCAUAAUCAAAGAGAAAUGGGUCGAAAUCGUUGUGAACAUUGACAACAUAAGAUGCGAUGUUUUGAAGUUGGUAGAUGACACUCUCACGAGAGAACGAGGAGCAGGUGCAGCUGAAAAACAUUUUCCUUCAAGAAUCUCGUUGCAACUUACCCCCACACUUCAACACCAAGUGUUGAGCGUAUCCGUUGGCAAAUCCUCGGAGAACCCACGAAUAGAGUUUGGAGUGGAGAAAGGAAUAGAAGCCUCGUUCGAUCCACCAAACCCUUACAUGGGAAUUAGCGUAUCAGCAGGAGAGUCCACAACUGUGAGCUUAAAGCCGUGGAAAUUCGAAGAAUCUGUUCAUGGGUACAGUGCAAAUAUGAACUGGUUUCUUCAUGAUAGCACCGAUGGCAAGGAAGUGUUCUCGUCAAAGCCUUCAAAGGUUGCGAUGUUUAACCCAAAGUCGUGGUUCAAAGACAGGUACUCAAGUGUUUAUCGUCCUUUCACGAGGCAAGGAGGGGUUAUUUUUGCACGCGAUGAAUAUGGAGAAAGUGUGUGUUGGAAAGUGGAUAAAGGUGUUGUGGGGAAGACGAUGGAGUGGGAGGUAAGAGGUUGGAUAUGGUUGACUUAUUGGCCUAAUAAGCACAAGACAUUCUACCAUGAAACCAAAAGAUUGGAGUUUAGAGAAACAGUCUACCUCAACAUUGCAUAG